AUAAAUGGCCAGAACAGAUUCCUCCGAGUCCCAUAUUUCAUUUCAUCCUCCAUUCUAGAAAAGCCCUUUUUCUUCUUGUUUUCCGGAUCCGAGAAAGAUUAAACUGACUAUGUAGCCCGAGUCAUACGUUGUCGUUUUGUACACGUGGAAGCUAAACAAAUAAAUAAAUAAAUUAUAAAUCUCUAUUCCGUUCCCUAGUAGGGCCCCACAUCCACCCAAGAAGAAAACCCCUCUCAUAUCCGAUACCAACAAACUCACUCAGUUUCACUCUCUGUCUUUAAUCAAAGACAAAAGAAUCUAGAAGAACAAGAACAACAUCCGAAAACAUGGAUCCGAACCCGAAAACCUUCCCUAUCCUAUCGUACAUCAUGGGCCGGAUCCCCACCUUUGGGCCCAGGCCCGAUGAUCCUCCGGUCGAUAUCGAGCAACCUUUGCCGGCCGAAGCCCACUCUGAUCCGUCGUCUUCUUCUUCAUCGGGGGCAGGUCAGUACGAGUUAGUCGAGCAGAUGCCCCGUUUGACCGACCCGAAGUUAAUCGAGGCCAUGACCCGUGCUGUGACCGAUGUGGCCCAGACCCGAUCCGUGCUCAAAACCAUCGGCGACCGGCCUGACCAUGAGGCCGUUGACGGGGCUAAGGCCAAGCUGGCUGAUAUCGAAGCCAACCUGGCGAAGCAGCUCGAGGAUUUGGUCCUCUCGCCGCGACCGGAUGUGGUUGACCGGCUCCAAUGGCGGUCCCAACUGGCUGAUAAGGAGAAUGAGUGUAGGAAAGAGUCGGAGAAGGAAAAACAGCUGUAUAAGGCGAUAAUCCAGUUGGAUGAGAUGCAUGAAGCGUACGAUAAGCUUUUGAAGGAUGCAGAAGAGAGGUUGGAGAAGAUUUAUGAGAUGGCGGAGGCCGGUGGUUCGGUGGAGGAGGCGGAGCCGAGUGAAGAGGAUCAGGUGACUGACGAGGUUAACGAGGAGGUGGUUGGGAUUCUACAGGAGGCUUCUGGAACUGGGUUGGAGCGCGUGGACCUUUCGGGUCGGCAAUUGAAGUUCUUGCCUGAGGCCUUUGGGCAUAUUCGUAGCUUGGUUGUACUCGAUAUCUCAAGCAAUCAAUUUGAGUUCAUUCCUGAUUCAAUAGCUGGAUUGGAGAAUCUUGAGGAGUUGAAUGCCUCUUCUAAUCUUUUGGUAUCACUGCCAGACUCAAUUGGCUUGUUACAGAGGUUAAAAAUUCUGAAUGUUUCAGGAAACAAGCUAAGUGCCCUUCCUGACACCAUUGCUCACUGCAGGUCAUUGGUUGAGCUGGAUGCGAGCUACAACAACCUGACAUACUUGCCAACAAACAUAGGUUAUGAAUUGGUUAAUCUUGAGAGACUUUCAAUCCAGUUAAACAAGAUUCGUUCACUUCCAACUUCUGUUUGUGAGAUGAGAUCUUUGAGCUGUUUGGAUGCUCACUUCAACGAAAUUCGUGGCCUUCCACAAGCAAUUGGGAAGUUAACAAACCUUGAAGUUCUCAACCUGAGCAGUAAUUUUAGUGACUUGACAGAACUUCCAGAAACGUUUGGUGAUUUAACCAACCUCAAGGAACUUGAUCUCAGCAACAACCAAAUCCAUGCACUUCCCGAUACCUUUGGCCGUCUCGACAGCUUGACCAAACUCAACUUGGAGCAGAAUCCCCUUGUGAUUCCGCCAUCUGAGGUAGUGAAUGAUGGGGUUGAAGCUAUCAAAGUUUUUAUGGCUAAGAGAUGGCUUGACAUACUAGUGGAAGAAGAAAGGAAAAGUAUGCUUGAAGUACAGGAGCAAGCACAAGCUGGAUGGUUAACUCGCAGCACUUCCUGGUUGAAAACUUAUGCUUCGGGUGUUACCGAGUAUAUUGCUUCUCCAAGAACUCCUAAGGAUCCCUAUCUUGAUCAGCAGCUGUGAAGUGAUGUCUCCAGGAUAUUUUUUUAUUGAGUUUCCACUUUCACUUGCUGCCAUGAUCCAGUUGUUGAUUAUGGAAAACUGCUUUCUGCUGCAGUACUAUGCUUGCCUCUGUCAGUGGCAAUGGUAGUACUUUCUUAAAUUUGUGUUUUGGUUUCAUUAAAUUUUGAGGAAAUUACAUUUAUUAUGGAACUAGGCAAUAUAUCCGCCCUUCGUGGUUAGUUUUAAAUAUUUAAUUUCGUGUUAGUUUAAAUAUUUUAUUUUAUUUUAUUGAGUUAUUAUUAAUAAAUAAAGUUAUAAAAUAAAAA